AUGUCAGGGAAUGAAAAACGUUUCAUAAAGAAAGAAAAAUCUAAUAUAUAUUUUAAUAAGAUAAAUAGUAAAAAAUUAAAAAUUCACUACCAUGUGAUUAAAUUAACCACUCAUCAUCAUGCAAUACCCUAUGCAAGAAAUUUUGAUGGUAGUACUCCUUUUAAGGGAAAACGUUAUUUUGAUGAUGAAGUAUCUAGGGUCACUGAUCUCCAACAACCAAGUGUUUUUAAGUUUGACGCUAAUUAUGUUAGGACAAUUCUUACAAAUGCGGCAGGAUCUCAGGAUGAUGAUAUAGCAAAGUUUGCCAUCACCGAUCCACGUUUUGAUGAGGAAUGGAAAAAGUUUGAUGAGAUGAAGGAUGCUAUGAAUAAUUCUUCAGGUGGUAUUGAUUGGCGCACAAAAUACUCAAAUAAAAAUAAAUCAUGGAUAGUACCAUUGAAAAGAGUGGCUCAGAAAUUUUUUACCGUUGCUGGAAAACCUAUGGAUGAUGACAACAUUUUUUUCACAGAGAAUAUGAAACUAAACGAUUGUCGUUGCAAAUUGAUAAGACAGUUAAUGAUAGAACAAAGCAAACCUUCAUUAUGGCUUCUUGGAACACUUAGUGAUUGUGAGAGAAACGUUUUUGAUAAUCCAAAACUUCGUUCCUAUCUUUCACUAGAAUGUAACAGAACUCAAAUACUAAGGAGAGCUGGGCUUUUUAAACAGUCUAUUGAAAAAGAUCGUGUAUAUGUUAGAUUAAGAGGAAAAUACUAUAAUAAUAUCAAUCUUGGCAAACAUAUUUUCAAUGCGCCAAAAAGACCAAUGUAUGCGGAGUCUAUUGUUGGUGGUAUGGAAAGAAGAUUUGAAAUUAUGGAUAGUGAAGUUAAUCAUGUUGUCUACCAACCUGCUAAAUCUAGUAAUUUGUCGUCAAAAAUUAGAAAUUCAAGAAUCCAGUGCAAUGUUGGAACCAUGUUUAAGAUUAAUGAAUCAUUAUUCAAUAACAAUUCUAAGAAUGAUAGAUUUGGUCUUGGUUGUAAUCUACCUUUUAUUCAUGCCAAUGUUGUUGAUGAUCCCAUUCUUUUUAAUACUUUUAUUAUUACACAAGCACCAAUGAAAUCAACUGCAGCUGAUUUUUGGAAAAUGACUUACCAAUCUGGAGCUAAGUACAUUUUUAUGUUAGUUGGAAAAAACGAUCCAUCAAAGUGCUAUGAUUACUAUCCUAAAAGUGCCUUUGAAAUUAGAACAUACGAUUGUUUAACGGUUGAAUGUAUCGAAAUAGAUGGCUUUACUGAUCCCUUUUUUACUGUUUCUAGAAUUCGUGUAACUCAUAGAGAAAAGGGUCCUCUAUAUUUGGAACAUUGGCAAUGUGACAUGAAUAAUUCUUCUAAUCUUGAACUUCCUCUUAGACUUCUACGUUUAGCUCGUAACUGUAACACACCAACAAUUGUUCAUGAUCACUAUGGAGUUAGUAGGGCAGCAUGCCUUAUAGCUAUUGAGUUAGGAAUUUGUCGUAUGAUGCGUGGACCAACUAUUCGAUUUCCCAUACAACAUGCAGUUCAAACAUUAAGAAAAUAUCGUUCUUUUUCAAUUGAGACUCCAAUGCAGUAUAUUUAUAUAAACAGAUGUGUUAUUCAUUUCUUAAAACCAUUAAUCGGUAGUAUUUUGGAUUUUGAUUCUGAUUACAAGUCAUGGUUAGAGUCAAGACAAAAACGCCUUUUUAUUGAUAAGUUAAAUUCUGCCAUCCCUGAAUAUCUACAAUUAUCACCAACAUUUGAUCCUGAUCUUCUUCCAAAAGUUAAUCACGAUUCAAGAAGAAAUAUUAAGAUAUUCCCUAACUCAACAAUUGGUUAUAUGCCAAAAGUUAUGGAAAGAAAACACUUUGUCAGAUUCGAUGUUUAA